AUGGAAGAAUCCAUAAGUUAUACAUGGAUAAAAUAUUAUUUAAAAACAAUAUUUUUAAUUGCAGAGAAAUGGAACCAAAAAAACUAUUCUUGUAACCACUGUAACAAGAAUUUCAAAACUAAGCAAAGUUUGAAAACUCAUGAAAAAAUCCAUACAGGAAGAAAGCCUUACAGCUGUGACGAGUGUAAACAACAAUUUUCAUUAAAGUCAAACUUAAUUAAACACAUUCGGGUCCACACUGGAGAAAAGCCUUACAGUUGUGACAAGUGUAAAAAGAAGUUUGCACAAAGCUCAAACUUAAAUAAACACCUUCGGAUCCACAGUGGAGAGAAGCCUUACAGUUGUGACAAACGUAACAAGAAGUUUACGCAAAAAGGAAGCUUAAUUAUACACCUUCGGGUACACACUGGAGAAAAGCCUUUUAGUUGUGACGAGUGUAAACAACAGUUUUCAGGAAAGUCAAGCUUAAUUAAACACCUUCGGGAUCACACUGGAGAAAAGCCUUACAGUUGUGACGAGUGUAAACAGAAGUUUAAAACUAAACAAAGUUUGCAAAUUCAUGAAAUAACCCAUACAGGAGAAAAGCCUUACAGUUGUGAGGAGUGUAAACAGAAGUUUUCAGUAAAGUCAAACUUAAUUAAACACCUUCAGACCCACACUGGAGAGAAGCCUUACACUUGUGAGGAGUGUAAACAGAAGUUUGCACGAAAGGAAUGCUUAACUCAACACCUUCGGAUCCACACUGGAGAAAAACCUUACACUUGUGACGAGUGUAAACAGAAGUUUAGACAGAGGUCAAACUUAAUUGCACAUAUUCGGGUCCACACUGGAGAAAAGCCUUACAGUUGUGACGUCUGUAAGCAUAAAUUUUCACAAAAGGCAGAAUUAAUUAAACACCAUCGGAUUCACACUGGAGAGAAGCCUUACAGUUGUGACCAGUGUAAAAAGAAGUUCGCAGAAAGGUCAAACUUAAUUAAACAUCUUCGGAUUCACAGCAGACGAUAGCCAUUAUGUCCAGCGAAAUUCAAUCGAAGCAAGGUUUUAAAGUAAAUAAAAAUAUUCGCACUUAAAAAUUUUGAAGGAAUAUUACUUUUAAUUUUUAUUCAUGUAGAAUAAUCGAAAGAUGU